UUGUUCUUCUCCCUUGCAGACUAUAACAUCAAAGUCGACCCACCAUUGUUGAUUGCACAAAGUCAGAGAGAGUGACAUAUGAUCAGAUCAAAUGGGAAGAUGAAAAAUGGCAGAUUACCCUCAAUCAGACCGUCCAUUUUCUCAUCAACCCAUAUCUCCAAAUCACUGGUCCCACUCAAUCACACUUUCCCGCCAUCAGAGACCAACUACCUUUUGUACCCACCAACUGCCUCUUCUCUCUCCUCUGCUCUGCAACACUUCAUCAACUCAGACACCCCUUCCCAUGGCCAAAAGAUCCACACCCACAUUCUCAAAACUGGGUUCAAGUCCAACACCAAUAUCUCCAUCAAACUCCUCAUUCUACACAUUAAAUCUAGUUGUCUUGCCUAUGCACGCCAAGUGUUUGAUGAAUUGCCUAACCCAACUCUCUCUGCUUAUAAUUAUAUGAUUUCGGGUUACAUAAAGAAUAGGCAGGUGUUAGAAUCUCUGAAUUUGGUUAAGGGAUUGGUUUUUUCGAAUGAAAAGCCUGAUGGGUUCACGUUUUCGAUGAUAUUGAAGGCUUCUACUUGUGAGAGUGUUUCAUCGGUUGCGAGUAGUUUGGGAAAGCAAGUCCAUGCCCAGGUGGUGAAAUCCGAUGUGGAGGGUGAUGAAGUUCUUUACACUGCUCUUGUUGAUGCAUAUGUUAAGAGUGGGAGAGUAGAUUAUGCGAGGAGAGUCUUCGAUAUGAUGUUGGAAAGGAAUGUGAUUUGUUCAACGUCAAUGAUUUCGGGUUACAUGAAUCAAGGUUGUGUUGAAGAUGCUGAGUAUAUUUUCAAGAAAACACUAGAAAAAGAUGUGGUAGUUUAUAAUGCGAUGAUUGAAGGUUAUAGCAAAUCAUUGGAAACAGCUAAGAAGGCACUUGAGGUUUUUAUUGACAUGCUAAGGUUGGAUUUUAGGCCUACAAUAUCGACUUUUGCAAGCAUUAUUGGGGCUUGCUCUGUAUUGUCAGCAUUUGAAAUUGGUCAACAAGUCCAGGCUCAAAUUAUGAAGACUGAACUCUUCACUGACAUAAAAAUGGGAAGUGCUCUUGUAGACAUGUAUGCAAAAUGUGGAAGAAUUGAGGAUGCAAGAAGGGUUUUUGACCGCAUGCCUGAAAGGAAUGUAUUUUCAUGGACUUCCAUCAUUGAUGGAUAUGGAAAGAAUGGAAAUCCAGAGGAAGCACUUGAGCUCUUUUUCAGAAUGCAAAGAGAUCGAUGCACUGAACCUAAUUAUGUUACGUUCCUUGGUGCUCUGUCGGCUUGUGGGCAUGCUGGCUUAGUUGCCAAAGGCCAAGAAAUCUUUGAUAGCAUGGAGAGAGAGUACUUGAUGAAACCAAAGAUGGAACAUUAUGCUUGCAUGGUUGACCUCUUGGGGCGCGCUGGAAGUUUAUAUCAGGCAUGGGAGUUUGUAAUGGCAAUGCCUGAGAAGCCUAAUUCUGAUGUUUGGGCAGCUUUGCUUAGCGCUUGUAGACUACACGAUGAUGUAGAAAUGGCGAGUAUAGUAUCCAAUGAAAUUUUCAAGUUGAGUCAUGAUGACCGUCCAGGGGCAUACAUUGCGCUAUCCAAUACUUUGGCAGCUGCUGGGAAAUGGGAUAGUGUAAGUGAACUCAGGGAAUUAAUGAAGGUCAGGGGGGUAUCCAAAGAUACUGGUUUCAGUUGGGUUGGGACUGAUGGUGUGGUUUAGAAGGCUUCCAUGUUGGACAAAAGAUGUUGCGGGGUUCAUGGGAGAGGAACAGCUAGGGCAGGCCUUGGAUGGAGCCGAUUUGGUGAUCAUACCGGCUGGUGUUUUGAGAAAGCCUGGAAUGACUCGUGAUGAUCUCUUCAACAUCAAUGCUGGCAUUGUCAAGUCUCUUUGCUCUGUCAUCACCAGUACUGCCCUAAUGCUCUGGUGAAUAUGAUAAGCAAUCUGGUGAAUUCCACAGUUCCGAUUGCAGCCGAGGUAUUUAAGAAGGCUGGGACUUAUGAUGAGAAGAAGCUAUUUGGUGUGACUAUGCUUGAUGUUGUUAGGGCUAAGAC